CAUCAUUAGGAUAUUUUUAUAUAUAAUUUCUCUCGAUUCUGCUGAAAAUAUAUAUAUGUGUGUGUGUGUGUGUGUGUGUGUGUUUGAGGAACCAUGACACCUGAAUAACUACACAAGAAGAAGAAGAAGAACUGAGACAUUUUUUAAAAAGGAGUUUAAUUUAUCAGACUCUGUGUGUGUGUGUGUGUGUGUGUGAGGGAUCAUGUCUCAGAGCUGUCGCGUGCUGUGUGGGUUCUUUGGGAUCUGCUCGGGAUGGAUCUGUCUCCUCCUGGCCACCUGCACUAAUGACUGGGUGAUGACCUGCAGCUUCGGCAUGCACACCUGCCUCAAGAUGGACGAGCUCGAGUCCAAAGGUUUAUGGGCUGAGUGUGUGAUUUCUACAUCGCUGUAUCACUGUUCAACCCUCAACCAGAUCCUCGCCUUACCUGCGUACAUCCAGACGUCUCGGGCGCUCAUGGUGUCUGCGUCACUCCUCGGGCUCGUGUCGGUGCUACUCGCGCUCCUGGCCACGCCCUGCGUCCGUCUGGGUGACGAGAGCGACGGAACCAAACGAAAACGUGCUCUGUUCGGAGGAAUCCUCUCUCUCAUCAUGGCGCUGUGCGGUUUGGUGUCGACGGUGUGGUUCCCGAUUGGAGCUCAUCAUGAAGACGGCCUGAUGUCCUUCGGGUUCUCUCUGUACACCGGAUGGCUGGGUUCUGCCCUCUCCUUCCUCGGGGGUUUGGUUCUGACCUGCUGCUCGGGAAGUGACGAUGCUCCGGCUCAACGCCCUGAAAAGCGCUUCUACUACUCCAAACAGAGCGGACUGACCGACUCUGUCCAGGCCACAAACAACCACGCCAAGAGCGCUCACGUCUAAGAGCAGACACGUGACCUGACUUCAAAAACAGAGAGGAAUGCUUUAUCAGUCUGUCUCUCUCUCUCUUUCUGUCUCUCUCUCUCUUACUCUGUCUGUCUCACACACACACACACACACACACGCAGUAAAUCAUGCAGGAUUUUCCACAGUGAGAUAUGAGCAAAGAACAACUUCAACUCAAAACAAUUUUUAUUCCCGUCUGGACGAGACGUUUUGUCUCAGCACGGACCCUGAAACGAGGCCAAGCUAAAAAAAAAAAAACCCUUGCUAUAAUCCGUUCUCUUUGUUCUUUUUCUUUUAAGUCGUUUUCUGGAGUGCUGAAAUUUUUCUUUUCUUUCUAAUUCACCUCAGUCUGUGUUCAAUCAUCUGCUCUGGGUAGAAAGCACGCAGUUGUAUUAAAAGAAAGAAGCUGGGUCCAUCUGAGGCACAGACGGCCGACGGGCAGGAAGCCAGAGGUGCAGGAAGGCCAGGUGUCUUCUCCGUGUUUUUUCCUGUAAAGCUCUUCACUCUUUCCUGCUCAGGAUCGCUCGGGAAAUCUGCGGCCUCAGAGCGAGGACACCUUCAA